GGGCUCAAGUUUUGUCGGGCUGCUGCUGUCAAGAAGCACGUAUGGCAUCCCUCUCAAUGGACAUUUAACAGAUACAGUCCUUGUCAUUGUCUCAAUGUUUAUAAUGGAUGUGACCCUCCAUAGCUGAUUCACCCAGACUCACCCUGAGUGCAGGAGAUGAGACAAGAGCACCAUGAGUAUUCGGAGCAUAGGGGGCGCUCUGGGGGAGUCUGUGGGCUCUAGUCUCUCUAUGCGCCUGAGCAGCUGGGGCCCCUUCAGGCCUGCAUCCACUGGGAGACUCUCCUCUCUGCUGCAAACCAUGGUCCCCACAGGUUACACCAAACUGCUGCAGGAGGAGCGCUUGGCCAUGGUGGACCUCGGAGCUAAACCGGACUGUGCCCUGAUCCAGAACGGAUUCCGACAGGAUACCACUCACUUGGAAGGCCGAAGGAUUUUGGACCGUGCUUCCCGCUCCUCUCUAAGUUUAUCCGACUGUGCAGAUGUGUCCUAUGCAGAGACCGAGCCCAUGCUGCCUGGAGAAGAGGAGGAGGUGGAGGAGGAGGAGCUGGAGGAGCAGACAGGAGGGGGAGGUCUGGGGUCUGCUCUGCCCAAAGAGUCCCCUCUGGCUAUGGCUCUGCAGAUCCUGGUGCCGUUUCUGUUAGCCGGGUUUGGAACAGUGUCUGCUGGGAUGGUGCUGGACAUCGUACAGCAUUGGGAGGCGUUCCAGUACAUCACAGAGAUUUUCAUCCUGGUCCCAGCUCUGCUUGGACUCAAGGGAAACCUGGAGAUGACCCUGGCCUCCAGACUGUCCACCGCAGUCAAUGUGGGAAAGAUGGACUCUCCCAUAGAGAAGUGGAACCUGAUCAUCGGCAACCUGGCUCUGAAGCAGGUGCAGGCCACAGUAGUAGGUUUCCUUGCUGCUGUAGCUGCUGUGGUCUUGGGCUGGAUCCCAGAGGGGAAGUUCCAGAUGAGCCACGCAGUUUUGCUGUGCUCCAGCAGCGUGGCAACAGCCUUCAUCGCCUCUCUGCUCCAAGGUAUCAUUAUGGUGGGUGUGAUUGUGGGGUCCAAAAAGACUGGGAUCAACCCGGAUAACGUGGCCACGCCCAUUGCCGCCAGCUUUGGUGACCUCAUCACUCUCGCUAUUCUGGCCUGGAUCAGUCAAGGCCUCUACAACUGCCUGGAUCCUUAUCCAUACGUGUCGUCUCUAGUUUGCGCCUUCUUCAUGAGCCUCACCCCUCUAUGGAUCAUCAUCUCAUCCAAACAUCCGGCCUCUCGCACGCUGCUGUACUCGGGAUGGGAGCCCGUCAUCACCGCCAUGGUCAUAAGCAGUAUUGGAGGACUUAUUCUGGACAAAACUGUGUCUGACCCUAAUCUGGCUGGAAUCGUCGUCUACACCCCGGUCAUCAAUGGGAUCGGAGGUAACCUGGUGGCCAUCCAGUCCAGCCGCUUCUCCACACACCUGCACUUCCACUGUGCUCCAGGAGAGGUCCCCGACGAAGCCAAAGGCUGCUACUACCCCUGUCGUACCUUUUUUGGCACCGGAGCCAAUCACCGCUCUGCUCAGGUACUCCUCUUGCUGGUCAUCCCGGGUCACCUCAUCUUCCUCUACACCAUUCACCUAAUGAAGAGUGGGCACACCACUCUGACCCCCAUCUUUAUGUCCGUGUACCUGGCUGCAGCUCUGUUACAGGUGCUGUUGUUGCUGUGCAUCUCAGACUGGAUGGUGCAUUCCAUGUGGCGCAGCGGUAAAGACCCAGACAGUUUUUCAAUCCCAUAUCUGACGGCUCUGGGUGACCUUUUGGGCACGGCACUGCUCGCUCUUAGCUUCCACUUCCUUUGGCUCAUCGGGAACCAGGACAGCGAUGUGGGUGAUUAACCCCAACCCAAACACCCAAAACCCUGUUCACACAUGCAGUCUGACCGGGGACGUAGGACUGUCAAAAGUAUCAAAAACCAGAUACUAAUUGAUUCUAAAAUUAGUAUCAAAACUAGAUUAUCAUUGUUCGCAGGCAUCAAUACUAAAAAAGUCCCAUUGUCAGGACAGAAAUUAACCUUACCUGAAUAGCUUUAGAAUGAGCUUGAGCUGUAUCAGAGGAAGUUUAAAGAUGACGUAGACCCAUAUACGCCCAUGGACCACUAUGGAACCCACCUGGACGACUGAGGGAUUACACACAUGGUAAUAUUACAUGGUAAUAUAAAAGAAGGUACUACCAUUUAUUGCUGAAAAUCACAUUCUAUUCUCAAAAUAAAGAGUUGUUUUUAUUGUCAUUAUGGUAUCGGAAUUGGUAUCAAGUGUAUUUCUUAUUCUAUUCCUGCAUUUUGCCAGAGCAAACAUUGAUGAACGUGCAUUUUUGAUCUGAGAAUAUAAAUACAGCCACAACACUGUGGAGUGGCUCUGGUUUAAACUGAGACAGGUCAGAACUCUCAGGUGGAGUUGGCUGUGUAACUGUCAGAUUACCGUAUGAAACAAAAGUGGCACAAAGUUCAGCAUCUGCAAAUAACUUAAGCACUAUAUUAAUCAAUUAUGAAUAUUUUGUUCUGAGAUUUGAUCUUAAACAUGAACAUGAUUAUAAACAUUUUGGUUGAAGCAGGACAGAUGGAUGUUAUCAUUUUGCUGCCAAAUACAUUCCUUUUGUGCUAUUAUAAUUAUUAUUAUUGUUAUGAUUAUUAUUUUUAUAUAAUUAUUAUUUUCAGAUCUGUUCAAAACUGUCUCUAAACAUUUCUAGUUUGGUCUUAAAGGAGCUGUACCUGAUUUAAAAACAUGAAAAAUAGAACUAGUUAAUUUUAAACAGUUUGCAGUGGUCCAAAGUUAUUCUUCACUUACUUUAUGCAUUCUGAGCAUCCAAAUUAUUCACCAUCAUGAGUUCAUAAGCACUUUUCACAACUCUCAGAUACCAGAGCAUAUUUUUGCUGACAACAAGAAGAACGCUAACAUGCACUUCAUGAUUCUCGGACAAUAAAACCUUUCAUAAUUAGAUGCAGACAGUACACAGUGAAGUUAUUUUGACUUGAAUAUCUGUGUGUAUAUCUGUAUUGGGGCAGGGGGCAUUGGACUCAUGGGGAGAAUUGUGUACAGCACCUUUAAUAAUCAUGUUUGCUCUAUGUUUUGUUUUGUUUUUCACUCUUCUGCUGGAUUCUGGUUCAGUGUCUCUAAACUCUAAACUUGUGCCUAUGAGAUUCACUGUGCUCCAUCUUUUCUACUAAAAUAACUUUUAUAAUAUUUCAGUAUAAAAAUGUUUGUUUCUGUUAUAUUUAAAAGAAUGUGUUUGUUUGGGAUGUUUUUGCUUUGAGUCUAAAAUAAAACAUGAAAAUAUGG